UCCUGCCACCUUUUCCAAUUUAUACCUGUGGACUUUAUUUUCUUCUUUUUGACAUCCACCUAAGUCUUUUACAUUAUACACUUGCGCUAAGAUGGCGAAGAAAGCAAAGAAGGGAAAGAAUCGCUUGGAUAAGUUCUACCAUCUUGCCAAAGAGCAAGGGUAUCGCUCCCGUGCGGCGUUCAAGCUUAUCCAGCUUAACCGCAAAUACAACUUCCUAGGGAAAUGCAGAGCUGUGCUGGAUCUGUGCGCGGCGCCAGGUGGCUGGCUGCAAGUUGCGGCCAAGACCAUGCCCGUGGGGUCGCUCAUCCUGGGUGUGGACUUGGCGCCCAUCAAGCCCAUCCGCGGCGUGAAGACGUUGGUGCAGGAUAUCACCACCCAGCAGUGCCGCACAGCCAUCAAGCGGGAAGCAGGGGGUGCCAGGAUGGAUGUGGUGCUGCACGAUGGUGCACCCAACGUCGGUGGCGCAUGGGCCAGCGAAGCAUAUAGCCAGUCGACGCUUGUGCUCGAUGCGCUCAAGCUGGCGGUGGACACGCUGGCGCCUAAGGGUACCUUCGUGACCAAGAUUUUCAGGUCGAAGGACUACAACGCGCUGCUGUACGCCUUCAACCAGCUGUUCGAGAAGGUGGAGGCCACGAAGCCCGCAGCCAGUCGUAACGCCUCGGCUGAGAUCUUCGUGGUGUGCCUGGGCUACAAGGCGCCAGCCAAGAUUGACCCGCGCCUGCUGGACCCCAAAGUGCUGUUCCAGGAAGUGGUGGAGGCCAAGAAGGUCAUGGGCCCAGAGGCGCUGCUGCGCCAGAAGAUUAAGCAGCGGCGUUUCAGGGAGGGCUACGAGGAGGGCGUGACCACGCUGCGCCGCUUCACCUCGGCGCUCGCAUUCCUGGUCAGCGAUACGCCGGUGGAGAUGCUGGGCAGCUACACCGAGCUCGCACUGGAUGGUCCCAACUCGUGGGCCCCGGUGGAGGCUCUGGGCGAGGGCGCCGCGGAGCCCAAGGAGCUGGCCGCCAAGAUCCGCAGCCACGAGGCGACCACUGCGGAGAUCCGCACGCUCUGCAAGGACCUGCAGGUGCUGGGUCGCAGUGACUUCAAGCAGCUGCUGCGCUGGCGGCUGACGGUGCGCAAGGCCCUCAAGGCGGAUCUGAGCACGGAGGAGGACGCAGCAAAGGGCAGCCACAAGAAGGGCGCCAAGGCGGCGGACGGCAAGGCGCAGGCGGGUGCUGACGGCGCCGCCGCGGCAGCCGACCCCGAGGAGGCUCUGCUUGCCGACAUGGCCGCGCUGAAGGACAAGAUGGCUCGGGAGGCGAAGCGCGAUAAGAAGAAGCGGCGGGAGAUGAAGAUCAAGUCGCGGCUUCGUGCGGCACAGGCAGCGCAGUCGGAGGGCCUCACGGACGACCCGCACCAGGGCGGCCCCGACCAGCUGUUUAACCUGACGGGGGUGGAGGCGCGGCUGGGAGACGCGGAUAUUCCGGAUGACGAGCUGUUGGAGAACCUGGACUCCGAUGAGGAGGAGUCGGAUGCUGGCGUGUCAGACGGCGAGGAGGGCAGCGACACGGACAGCGAGCUGGCGUACGAGUUGGAGCUGGAGGAUGCGCUGGAGCACUCGUACAAGGAGUACCUGGAGCGCAAGGGUGUGCGCGCUGCCGCUGAGAAGGAACGGCGCAAGCGGUUGGGUAUGGACGGCGAGCUGGGGGAUGAGGAUGACGAGGACGGUGCCGCGGCGGAUGACAGCGGCGAUGAGGAUGAUGUUGAGCGGCUGAGCGACGGGGACGACGAUGAGGACGGCGACAAGGCCGGCGGCCUGCUGGUGUCGCUGGAUGAGGACCGUGCGGGUGUGGCCAAGAGCGCGUCAGCCAUGGCGGCGCAGUGGUUCAAGCAGGACCUCUUCGCGGACCCCAACCUGCUGGACGAUGACGAGGAGGAGGAGCAGCAGCAGAAGGACCGGAAGGCGGCAAACGGCGCCGCGAGCGCUAAGGACGGCCGGCCGGCCAAGAAGGCACGCAUGGAGGCUGAUGCGGGCACGGGCAAGGGGAAGGCAGCUAAAGGGAAACAGCAGCAACAGGAGGAUGGGACGGAGGACGAGGAAGACGAUGACGAGGAGCCGUCCGACGCCGCGCGUGCGCGCUCUGGGCUGACCGCUGGCACCUCAUCCCAGCAGCCUGCCCGCGGGCGGCGCGGCAGGGAUGAGUUCGAGGUGGUUCCGCAGGAGGCGUCUGGGUCGGGCAGCGACUCGGGGACGGACUCGGAGGACGAGUUUGACAUGCUCGAUGACCAGGGCAAGGCGGAGGUGCUUGCGCUGGCCAAGCGCAUGCUGCGGCGGAAGGAGAAGGAGUCCAUCGUGGAUGCCGCGUACAACCGCUUCGCCUUCCACGACUCGGGGCUACCGCGCUGGUUUGCGGAGGACGAGCGCCGCUUCAUGAGGCCAAUUCCACCGGUCACCAAGGCGGAAGUGGAGGAGGAGAAGCAGCGGUUGCGAGCCAUUGACGCCCGGCCUAUCAAGAAGAUCGCGGAGGCCAAGGCGCGCAAGAAGCAGAAGCUGGUGAAGCGCCUGGAUCAGGCGCGGCAGAAGGCAAACGCCGUUGCGGACCAGGAGGACGUGCCUAUGAAGUCCAAGAUGCGCGAGAUCGAGAAGAUCUACGCAAAGGCACAGAGCACCGGCAAGGGGAAAAAAGGAAAGGGCAAGCGCGGCGAUAAGCGGAAAGGCCCGCCCCUGGAUAACCGCAUGAAGAAGGACAAGAAGUCCAUGAUGCGCGCUAAGCAGAAGCAGAUGAAGAAGAAGGGCAGGAAGGGCCGGUAGAGGCGGCCGUUUAUCGAGGCACGGGGGUCGUUGAAGCCACGUCGUUAGCCAGCACAUUCACCGUGUCAUUGAGCCGGUGGGUUGUGGGCAAGUGCUGGAUGCUUUGUCUUCUGCGACCUGAGCACGUGGGUAGUCGAUUGGGGUCGGACCGGAAUUGGCGGGUCGAGUGGCACCCGGGGUUUUGCUGUAGACGUCGUGGCAUGCGAGCAUGUUAGCUCCUUUGGGGUCGUCGAACGGGAGGAGGCCUGCGCGGGGCAGGCUCCAGGAAAGCACCUUGCCCCCGGGGUUCAUCGUCGGCUCUGUAAUGCAGCCGUGCUGUCGGACGUGUGAUCCUCAGGACAGGGAGCGAGCAUCAAGUACCCAGCGCUGGGGCAGUAUGUCUGGCGCAAUGCUGGGUGUUUUAUUUGGCAACAUUAGCAGCUUGUUACCUAAAGGGCGGGAGCAGGUUGCUUGACGCUGCAAUAGUGUAACACGGGACACUGCAUCCCCCGCUCGCACGUGUGCAAGGUAAACAGGGGCACUUGUCUACAGCGAAAGGAG